AUAAAAUACUGAUAGGACUAAACACAAACAUGCUGAUUAUUAUUGCAAAUAAUGAAUUAAUUUCGGCUUCAUGACUAUUUGGGGGCGUGGCACAGAGGCGCAGGGAAGUGUUACGGCUCUUCGCUGUAGUAUUCUGGGAUCGGUUUUAUAGCUCUGCGGCGCCUUUGAUUGGCUGACGACAACGGCGCCCAUAACGAUUGGCUGCUGACCGCGCACUCCGAGCCAAUGAAAACACUCGCAGUAAGAGUCGGUUGCUGGUGAUAGGCUUCUCGCGACCAGUGAGAACUCCGUCAUGUAGCGCGCGGGUUUACGGCGGAUGAAGUUCGUACGCGUAACGUCACCGUGGCGUAUUUUAUAGUUUAAUUCCCGAUACUUGAGUUUAAUUAUCGCAGCAUGUUGAGCGCGACGUCAGGCGCAGAAGUGUCGGCUCGCUCGACCUCUGUCGCAGCGCUUCUGGCGUCAAGAGCCGCGAAGAGAGCCACAGUAGAAGAGACGGAGAAACACCUGCAGGAGUCCAGCGUGAGUCUGCUGCUGAGACACCAGAACACCUCCGAGCUGCUGCUGGAGAUCACGUCACAUGGUAAAAUAAGGAGCUUCAGCUGUGACGGACACGAAGGGCUGGAGCUCAACACUGGCGUUCAGACGUCGGUUCUGGAGAGUGAGCUGAGGAGGAGAUCGGAGGAGACAGGCGUUCCGGUUGAGCUGCUGUCUGCCAGAGUUUUACUGGAGAACCUCCAGGAUCUGAUCACACGGACGGACGUGAACACACAGCGAGUCUUACUGAACACUAGACAGAGAGCCAGUGUGUGUGAGUUACUGCAGUCUGCUCAAGCGCUGAUGUCUGCUGGGAUAUUUAGCCCUGAGCUCCUCUGGCAGGAAUACUGGAAACUUCAGCCGGCCCUGGAGGUGGUUUAUCUUCUACACACUCACAGCAUCCUCUCGCUGGACUUCCUGCUGGAAAGAGACGCAGCCGUGAGGACAUGGAUCACUGAUCAGCUCAGAGCCUUGUGUGUCUGUGGGAGAACCUCCGCGGAUGAGCACCAGAUCCGUCAGAUCCUCUCCACUGUGGUGUGUGUUCUGGUGCGGAGGGCGUUUGAAGACCGCGCUCACACACUCUCUCACACAUGCUGCCUGAUUCUGGACGCCAUGAUCUCAUGGCUGCUGGACUCACUGAACGAUGAAGGCUCUGAGACGUCAGCUGCUGGCUUCUGGGUCCAGGUGUUUGACGUCCAGGUGUUUGCCGGCUGCGUCGCUGAAGAAACACUGCAGCGCUUCUUCACGCACGCUCUCAUGCGUCUCCUGACCUACCGACCCGUUUAUAAAGUGUCGGAUGUCAUCGCUGUACAGAGCGAAUGGGGCUUUGCCAAAACCCCUCCGUUACUGACGUCUCUCUUCCGUAAGGUGUGUGUUGUGUUCAGUGUGGAGCGUGUGCUGAGCCAGGUGCAGCAGGUCCUGGACACUCAGGAGGUAAACUGGCGUCACGUUCUCUGGUGUGUGUCUCACCUGCUGGUCUACGACUGUCAGACGCGGCACUCUCUCUCAGAUUUGCUCUCCAGGCUGCUGAGCUCAGCGUUUGACCUUUGUGAUGUGGAGAAGAUGAUCACACUGUUCCUGUUGGCCCGCCAGGCAUCCCUCGAGGGUCCUGCCAUCUUUCCCUCGUACAGCGAUUGGUUUAAAUUGUCGUUCGGAGGCUCCAGCAGUUAUCAUUCUAAAAGCAAGAAGUUCACUGUGUUUCUUCUGAAGUUCCUCUCGGAUCUCGUCCCUUAUGAACCACCGCAGUAUCUGAAGGUUCAUGUAAUGCAUCCUCCGUUCAUCGGAGGGAAGUAUCGCUCUCUGCUACAAGAGUACAUCUCUCUGGCCAAGACCCGACUGAGGGAUCUGAAGGUGUCUCUGGAGGAGACUGGGAUUUUUGAGCUGGUGAACGGCUCUGCUGCUGUGCUUGAAUGUCCAGCACAGCAGGAUGUUGAGAAGGCUGUAACACUUUUCAUGACCUCCAACAAGAUCCCAGCAACUGUGAUAGAGGCCAGUAUUUUUCGGAGGCCAUAUUUCCUGUCUCGAUUCCUCCCUGCUCUCCUCUCUCCACGUGUACUUCCUGUGGAGUCAGAUGACAGGAUGAUGUUCAUCGAGGCCUUGAGAAAGGCAGAUAAGAUUCCCGCCGCUCUCUACACGUCUUACACAGAAUCCUGUCAGAGAGAGACAUGCAGAGAAAAAGGUGUGUGUGAGUCGAGUGAGGAUGGUCACCUGCUGCUUCUACAGGAGCAGUUCCUUAAUUUGAGGAUGAUGAUGACCAAUGGGGCCACCGAUGGAGAUGUUCGUGCUCAGCUGUCCAGGAUCUCUCUGACCCUGAAGACUGUGUGCACUGAUGAAGAGACGGGAAGUGACGUCGUCAUCACACUGAACCGGGAUUCGCCGGAUUGGGCUCACGCUGCCGUCGUCAAUCUGAUCUUGCAGAGCUUCUGUCUGUGUUUACUGGAAGCGUCCAAAGUUAACCCUCCGAACAGGCAGGGUUUGUGGGCCAGUGUGUUCGUGAAGACUCUGCUGGGACACAGGCGGCUCGUCUCUGGUCUCGCUCACAGGCUGUGGCAUCUGCUCCAGCAGGAGGGCUCUGUGCUGAGUUCAGCUCACGUUCUGGGGCUGGCGGCUCUGCUGGCGGAGCUGCAUUACUGCAGACUCUCCGGUCCUCCGCUGCUGCUCCAGGGCUCUUCUGCUGAUGCUCUCCCCGUGUCCGAGGUUCUCUCUGAUGCUCUGCUCUGCUCCACACGCUCUCACAUGGCCCUCUGCCUCAGGUUCUGCGUGGCUGUCCUCUCGUAUGGGCUCUGCAGAGCAAACGCGCAGGCUGAAGAUCUCCACAACUUUAUCCCACAAAGACUUUAUAAAAAGGCUCAGUAUGUGAUGGCCAGACUAGUCCCGGAGACGCGAGCGCUCAUGAGUGAUGAGCAGGACUCUGACGCGUGCUCCGAUGACAUUGAUCUCUCCGGAAGCCUCACAGACUCUGCGGUUGCUCUGUGGAGAAGAGCUCAGAUCCGGUCUCUGAGGGAGCAGCCCCAGUAUCAGCUCUCUCUCUCCGAGUGGCUUUCAAGUGAGCUUCGUGUUCAGCGGAGCCGAGACGCACUAACAGAUCCAGAGAGACAGGAGUACGAACAGUGGGCUUGCGAACAGUAUUAUCUGCCCGUGUCUCAGCAUGAUGGUGGCUGUGCAGGAGAUGUGACUCGACUCUGUGCUUACAUUAUCACUGCUGUUUUGGACCAGCACACAUCGUGCCGGACAGGAGGAAGCUCCUAUCAGCACACAGACAGCUGUCUACCUGACCUUCUGUCUCUCUUACAGGCGUUACUCUAUGAAGUGGCGAUAACUCAGCAGAACACAUCAGAAAACGCUCACUUCCUGUGGGACCUGAUUGACAGCAGGUGCUCAGCGACCCCUGACCCCGAGGACGCCGGGAGCGAGCUGACCCAUCAGCUGACCCUUCAGGACAUCGGCCGGAUCCUGGUGCUGGUUCCUCCUGCCCUGCUGCUGAGCGUCAGGACCCACAGAACAGGAAGAAGAACUCUGGACUGCCAGAGAAUGAUGAAGCACAUCGGCCACGUUCAGGGGACGGCGUGCAACGAUGCUGGUCUUCUGCCCUUCAAUAUCACGGCUCACUUCCUCAAAGCGGUUGUGAGCUGCGGCGUCAGCUGUGAUCGUCCGUCUGAGGCGGUGGACGAGUGCCUGUCUCUCUUCAGUACAGAGUGUCCACUGCUGCCGCUGUCCGCCGCGCGCUGGUGGGCGUGUCUGUGGCCAGUGCUCAGCUCUCAGUGGAAGCGUCUGACUGGACGGGACGCUCUGCCUGAUCAGCUGCAGAUGCUGGAGGACAGCCACCGCUGGAGCAGACGGUUGCGAGCGGGGUGUGUGUGGCCCGUGCCGCCGGCUCCAUCGUGGCUGCUGGCUGCGUGUGUACACGCUUCUCUGAGGAGGUCCGUCAGCGAGGCGGAGGUUAAUAAACUGGCCAGACAGCUGCUGGACACGGACAGACAGGUUCUGCUCUUCUUGUUUGUCCUCAGUGUGAUGGAGCUGAUCUGCGCUCAUCUGAAUGAACAGGUGUGUGUGCAGCACGUCCAAGGUGUGAGUAUGUGUCUUCUCGCUCAUCUGCUGGAUGAUUCCGAUUGGCUGCUGCUGUUUGAUCGAUCCGGAUCAGGUCACACGCUGCCUCACUUCCUGUCUCGUGUGGCGUCUCAACAGACCCUGAGACUGAUGCCGUUCGCCUUUUACAGCGUGCUCGGCGGCGCGGAGUCUGAGGUUCUGGCGGCAGCGGCCCGGUGUUCGGGGUUCCUGUACAGCGCUGCGGUGUCGUACCGAGAGCUCAGCAGACUCUUCCUGAGCGGCCAUCAGCGGCAGCAGGUGCUGCUGCAGGCUCGGAGCACUCUGAUGAGCAGCAUCUCCCUCAGCUCCCCGGACUGUGUGACGCCCGGCCAGAGGAGACAGCUGCAGUUUGAUUACGAGCAGCUGGACCCAGAGAUCUGUGCAGCACUCGGCAGCUUCACGUGAGACAUCGUCAGAGGUCACGUGAUCAGAAGCGUUCGUCCGGAGGACCGAGCUCGGAAAUAAACCCUGACUGCUUUCCUGAAAACACCCCCCCCGAGUCCGUCCACUGCUUCGUUACAGACCAAUCGCUGCACUUUCACUACUCUUACAUCCUUAAUGCAUCACGCGAGAACAUGUUUCUAAUCUUAAAACUUUUAAAUAUAUACAUUCACUGCCAUCCUUGAUCAAAAACACUAAAAAAAAAAAAAAGGCAUAUUAUAACAUACUUUCAAAUAGAAUUCACAGAACUGUAUUU